CCCACUCUCCCUUGUUCUCUUUCUUUCUGUUAUUCCUUCCACCUUUCUUUUCCUUCCUUUCUUUCUUAGUUUUAAGAAAACACCAGUAUAUCCUCCCCUGGCUAUUUCCUUGUUGGAAUAGCAGCUAAUGUCAUCAGAAGAUAUGAAUCUCUCCAUAAAUGGCCAGUCUCAGGUUCCUCCUGGUUUUCGAUUUCAUCCCACCGAAGAGGAGCUUCUUCACUACUACCUCAGGAAGAAAGUUGCCUAUGAAAAAAUUGACCUUGAUGUUAUUCGCGAAGUUGAUCUUAACAAGCUUGAGCCAUGGGAUAUACAAGAGAAAUGCAAAAUAGGAUCCACUCCUCAGAAUGAUUGGUACUUCUUCAGUCACAAGGACAAGAAGUAUCCUACCGGAACCAGAACUAACCGGGCAACAGCAGCUGGAUUUUGGAAGGCGACCGGCCGUGAUAAGAUCAUCUAUAGCGGCGUCAGAAGAAUUGGAUUAAGGAAGACUUUGGUGUUCUAUAAAGGAAGAGCUCCACAUGGACAAAAAUCAGAUUGGAUUAUGCAUGAAUACAGGCUUGAUGAUAACACCAGUGACACUAAUGUACCAAACUCGAUGGGAGAUUCAAUGCCAGAAGAUGGCUGGGUGGUUUGCCGAGUCUUCAGAAAGAAGAAUUAUCAGAAAACCCUAGAAAGUCCUAAAAGCUCAUCACCUUUCACUUCCAUAGAUUCAAAGAUGCUUUGCUCAGAUAAUGAUGGGGUUCUGGAUCAAAUUCUUCAUUACAUGGGAAGGACUUGCAAAACAGAAAACGAAUCGUUUAGCAACAUGAACAUCUCCAACAGCACCAACAUGCGAAUGCUUGCCCCCAGUGGGGAAGGAACAGGGGAAGGGUUGCACGAAAGAUUCAUGCACCUCCCACGGCUGGAGAGCCCCACUCUUCCUUGUCUUCCCUGCUACCAAUCCAUCGACGAGAUGCUGCCAGAGACAGAACCACUGUCUUCCGUUAACCAAGGCGGUGGCUGCCAUGCUGCUUCAGGUCAUAACAACAAGACCAAAAGUACUGGUCUUAAUGACUGGGUCGCUCUUGACAGGCUGGUGGCAUCCCAACUUAAUGGCACUAAUGAAGUAGAGACACUGAAGCAACUGCCCUGUUUUGGCUACCCAAAUGCGGUUUUCAGUCCUUGUCAUGAAGACGAUGUACAUUUAUCUCACCUAAAUUUGCACAGAUCAAAUCCAACCGCCCAAGUCUAUAGCAGUGAGAAUGAUCUAUGGAGUUUCCCCAAGUCAUCACCAUCACCAUCAUCAUCAUCGGAUCCAUUAUGCCAUUUGUCGGUAUAACUGAACUACGAUCGGAACACAUCAUGAUCAUACAUAAGCUCUGAAGUCUAGGUAUAUGCCGUCAGAUAUAGGCAAAUCACAUACAUAACUAUACAUGUAAUGCAUAAAUAAAUGAGGGUCGAAAUAUGAGUGGGGGUGGCAUGCAUUGACAAGCAUUAUAUACAUUAAAGUUUAUUCGUAUAUACCUGUGUUUGAUCUUUUCACAUUUUGUUACAUGUAAUCAUGUGGAUGAGGCUUAGGGUCUUGCCCUAAUUCGUUAAGUAUCUUGAAAAAGCUUGACAUGAUAAUUAUGGCAGUAUGCUGACUUUGGAAAGGUGAAAUCCAUUUGGUUGGAUAGCAUUGGUAAAGAAAUCAAUCUGUUAUGGUGGUGUUGAGGAAAAGAUUGAAACGCACCUAAUGUACGUGCCUGUAAAGAUAGAAGAAAGGUAACCACCUUUUAGACAUUAGAUAAAGAUAUUACACACCAAUGUGGAAGACCAACUGUAGCACUUUUGUCUUGUCCUAGCACCACCCCGUGUUGGUGGGAACUUGAUCGCACACUUUUUCUUUCUUUCUAUCUUUUUUUCUUUAUAAUUCGUUAGAAAUAAGAGAAAAUAAUGGAA